AUGUCUGUUACAUUAGUCAAGGUCAUUAAAAAUAUAAAUAUAAUUGAGAAAAAUAAGGUCUCUGGUCAAGUCUUUAUUACUUUAAUAGAAGAAAAGCUUUUAGCCUCUCUGUAUAUCCUUCUUAGCGGAUCAGUUGAAGUAAUAGUACUUUUGAUCAAGAAACUUAUUUGCAAAGUGCAAGCUACAUAUGCUAAUAAACCUCAAAAUCCUAUAUCAACUUCUAAAGAAAGUUUUUAA